UGUCUCUCUCAAUGACGAACUGUUGACGGGUCCUGUACUGCAAGACGAUCUGAGAAACCUGAUAAUGAGGUGGAGAACUCACGCCAUUUGUUUUGUUGCUGAUAUCCAGAAAAUGUACCGUAUGAUAUGGGUUGACCAAGAAGACACAGAUUAUCAAAGAAUUUUGUGGAGAAACGACCAAUCUGAAGAAGUUAAAGACUACAGAUUGUUGACUGUUACAUUUGGAACAGCUGCUGCUCCCUAUCUCGCCGUAAGAACCCUUAUGAAAUUGGCAGAAGAUGAAGGCGACCGGUAUCCAGAAGCUGCCAAGAUAUUGCGUGAAGAUUUCUACGUGGAUGACGUAAUGUCUGGAAGUGACAGUCUGCAACAAGCAAUAAAGAAUAGUCAAGAUCUUAGAGAACUUCUUCAUUUGGGCGGAUUUGAACUAAAGAAAUGGUCGUCCAAUAGCCGAGAAUUCUUGGAAACAGUUGAUCCUAGCAAUAGAUCGUCUAAUGCUAAUCUGGAACUAAAGAUUGAUGGAACAAUAAAGGCACUUGGCGUACAAUGGAAUUUAGGAAAAGACAGAUUCGAGUACAAUUUAAACUUACCUUCAAUCAAUGAAGUGAUCACGAAGCGAAGCAUUCUGUCUGACAUCCAAAAGCUGUUUGACCCACUCGGCUGGAUUGCGCCUAGCAUCGUUCUGACAAAAAUACUAAUGCAAGAACUAUGGCUGGAAAAGAUAACCUGGGACGAUGCAUUGAAUUCAAAAAUAGCCAGCAAGUGGAUCACAUUGCGAUCUGACCUUGAACAUGUGAAUGGAAUCUACAUAGAAAGAUGGGUAGGUACGACGUGCGCCAACAGAGAGUCCAUCGAACUCCACGGUUUCAGCGAUGCAUCCAUCCAAGCAUAUAGCGCUGUAGUAUAUUGCAGAGUGACGUACCCAGACGGUACGAACAAAACGACGCUUAUCGCAGCAAGAACAAGAGUGGCUCCAUUGAAGACAAUAUCAUUACCUCGUUUGGAGCUCUGCGGCGCGUUGUUACUCUCAAGAUUGCUUAAGCAAGUUGGUCAAGCAAUGAGAAUACCUGCAACUCAAAUUUAUGCUUGGACAGAUUCGUCCAUUGUCCUGGCAUGGUUAUUUGGAGAGCCAAACAACUGGAAGGUGUUUGUGGCAAACAGAGUUGUUGAGAUUACAACCAAUGUAUCUUGCAGUCAGUGGUAUCACGUUCAAACUCAAGAUAAUCCAGCUGAUGUUGGUUCCAGGGGGAUGCUAGUAGAAAAUCUUAAAAAGUGUGAUUUAUGGUGGCAUGGGCCAGACUGGUUACAACAAUCGAAGAUACAGUUCACUCAACCCAACAUAAUACAAACAGAUAUUGAAAGGAAAAAUAAUAAAAUACAAAAUUAUAAAAUAACUUACAACAAAAAUGAACAAGAGAAGAGACUACUCACACAAUUUGAAGAAUUUGAUACACUAUUAGAGCUACUUAGAACAAUCACAUACUGCCGAAGAUUCCUGAAACAAAAAACAUUAAAGGACAGAAUAGAUAGUAAAAUCACGACUGAAGAACUACACAUGUCGAUGCAAAUCUGUAUAAAAAGAGCACAAGAAGAAGAAUUUACAGAAGAUAUAGAUUCGUUAAAAACAAAGAAAAGAGUUAAGAAAACAAGCAAACUAAAAGCACUAGAUCCUUACCUUGACAAAGAUGGAACCCAAUCUAAAUGCUAAUAAAGCGUCGUUCCUAGAAGACCAUCUGGUAGGACAUACCUUUUUAAGGGUAAUCAAAUAUUUUUCAGAUUAAUCGUCACUGAACAUAGCCCAGCGUUUUAUACUAUUGCCAAAAAAAGUAUAUAUUUUUUCUAAAUUAUCGAAAAAAGUCGAUACUUCACGAACAUGUCUCGCAGCAUCGUUCAAAACCAAGUUUAAAGCGUGCGCUGCACAAUGAACAUAAUCGGCAUUUGGAGCAUGCUCUUUUAUUAGGGUUUGUAAUCCUCCAUACACACCCGACAUAACAUUUGCUCCAUCGUAUCCCUGUCCUCUACAUUUAGUCAAAUCAAUUCCAUAUUCUUUAGUCAAAUUUAAAAUGACAGUUUUCAGACCUGCAGCACUGCAAUCGGUUACUGUUAUGAAUCCUAAAAAGGACUCACAGAUUUUUAUUUCUUUAGGCACAUUAUCAUCAUUUUCUGUAUUUUUAUUUUUUUUUUAUUUUUUUUUUUAUUUUUGCACGAAUAUGGUAUAAAAUG